GUCAUAUGUUUGCCAUUUGUCUCGCAUUGCAGUCAAUCAUUGGUUGUGUGAAGCGUUUCAAUGAACCGUACGAUCGCUGAAGAAGUUAUGACCGCAGAGGAAGACACUGUUUGCCAUUCAUUAGUCAAAAAGCCAAAGAUGUCGUCCACUGCCAUGACUGCCGCUGACGAGGAAUACUAUCCGCACGACUCGUUUGACAGAUAUGGCGACGACUUGUGUGGACUCAUACUGUCGUACCUGUCGUCCAGCGACUGCUUCCGCUUCGAGUGUCUGUCCGCACAGUGGCGUCGACUGGUCUACAAGAGUGCGCACAGUCUCGUCAUCUACGGUAAGGAACCGAACAGUUGUCUCAAGAAAGACGACUCGAAGCCCAGAGCCAUGAAUUGGAAGACAUUGCAAGUGAUGGUCAAGAAGUUGCCGAUCAUUACGUCCAUAUAUAUCGAGAUCAACACCAAGACCACAGAGAAGGUGUUGGAACAGCUGCUCAUUGAGUGCCACAAUUUGGCGGCCAUUCACGUGACGUUCGGCGACACCAUUGACGGCCAGAUUGCGGACCAGAUUCUCGACAAAUAUGGCCACCAGUUGACGGCCGUAUCGCUGCCGAAGUCCAAUGAUGUGAUCAAAGCCUUUAACUCUCAUUCCGAGUCCUAUACGCGACUGCAAGAGAUUAUUCACUGCAAUACCGUUCCCCUCAAACUGUCGGUGCUUUUCAACGAUCACAACGAACUGCUGGUCAAAGACUUGACUAGAUUUACGUUUGACUACACGGGUGAUCAGGAUUUGCCACUUUUGCAGACAUUUGUCGAUCACUACAGUCAUCGCCUGAAGUCUAUUCAAGUGCACCGGUAUCUCACCGAUAAGAUGGAAGUGCUGGAUGUGUUGACACAGUUGUCCAAACUGGAGGUUUUGAAUGAAUUGAAAAUUUACGUCAAUUUCAAAAAGAUAUCGAUUACGAAGACAUUCACCGAUUGUCUCAAACAGUUGUCCACUAAAUGCCGGCGUUUAAAGAGUUUUCGGUUCUAUAUGUACGACAUUAGGGACACAGAAAUGACACAAAUAUUGCCAUCGAUUAGUGGUUUCAAACGAUUACGAGAACUACAGCUAAUGUUUUCAAAGCCUAACACCGAAUCCCAUGAGAAUUGUCUCGAUUUUAGUCUCAAAUCAUUGUCGCCAUUGAAACGGAUGACACACUUGUGGCUAACGUUUGGUGGGUUUGCGUUGAAUGAGACACUGUUUGACUCGAUUGACACGCAUUUACCACGACUUCAGACACUGAAGUUCACGAGUAGUCUGGAGAUAAGCGCCGGUAUUGAGGAGUCGGUGCAUAAGUUGCCAAAACUUAGGCGAUUUGAGUUGCAAACAAAAUAA